AUGUCUGCCAAAGCUGAAAAGAAACCUGCUUCCAAAGCCCCAGCUGAGAAAAAACCAGCUGCUAAGAAGACUGCUUCCUCCACGGACAGUAACAAGAAGAGAAGUAAGGUCAGAAAGGAAACUUAUUCUUCUUACAUCUACAAAGUUUUGAAACAAACUCACCCAGAUACCGGUAUCUCUCAAAAAUCAAUGUCCAUUUUGAAUUCUUUCGUCAACGAUAUUUUCGAGAGAAUUGCCACUGAAGCUUCUAAAUUGGCUGCCUACAACAAGAAAUCUACUAUCUCUGCCAGAGAAAUUCAAACUGCAGUUAGGUUGAUCCUACCAGGUGAAUUGGCAAAGCAUGCAGUCUCCGAAGGUACUAGAGCUGUGACCAAGUACUCCUCUGCUGCUAGUCAAGCUUAA